UGUAACUGGAUGGUGGGCUCAUUGCCACAGUUGUUGUGCGCGAAAGGGAGUCGCAUUUAAUAGAGGACAGGAGAUGCUACAAGUGCCAGGCCAAUAAAAGCACAGUCUGUGGUAUUGUAGAAAGAAAACAACAAAAACAACAAAAUGAAGAUAACAUGCGGGCUGAUCUGGCAAUCGAUCAUAGCAAUAAACCUGAUUUUAAUUCGAGCUCAGAACACUAGUAAGCAACAGAUCACUUUAAAGACACAACUUGGGAAGAUAAAUGGUUUUAUAGAUAUCAGAAAUGCCAGAAUUUUUUACAGCAUACCUUAUGGGAAAUCCCCAACUGGAAAUCGAAAGUUUGCAAAACCGGAGCCGUUUGGGAAGUGGAAUGGUAACAGAAAUGGAAGAGACCCUUCACCAUUUUGUCCACAACGUAAAACCAGGUGGAUAGACCUCUUAAAAGUCAAAAUAGAUGUAGAUUGUCUUAAACUCAAUAUAUACACCCCAGUCAAUAUUACAGAACAGCUUCCCGUAAUGGUCUGGAUUCAUGGAGGAGGCUACGUUGUUGGUGGGGCUAUGAGUUACGACGGUUCCGCAUUAGCAAAAGCUGGUAACGUGGUGGUAGUUACUAUUAACUAUCGACUGGGAUUAGAAGGGUUCUUAUCCUUUGGUGACACAUUAGUAAAAGGAAACUAUGGAAUAUGGGACCAAAUCUUGGCUCUUCGAUGGAUUAAAGACAAUAUCAAAGAUUAUGGAGGUGAUCCGAAUGAGGUGACAAUAUUUGGAGAGUCCGCUGGUGGUAUGAGUGUAUCACUACUGUCGUUGAUUCCGAGUAACAAGGGUCUGUUCAAGCGAGCAAUUAUGCAGAGUGGAGUUGCAAACUCUUUGAUUGCAUUUCAAUACGGCUCACGUAAAUCACACAGAGAAAUAGGCGAUCUGCUAGGGUGCCCAUUUGAUGACGUGAAUUCUAGUUCAUUAUUACAUUGUAUGAGGCAAGUGAACAUGUCAAAGAUUGUGAGCGCGACGACAGCUAUCUUCAAAACAGCUUCAACUCAGCUUCCAAUAGGUCCAGUAAUUGAUGGUGAACUAUUUAAAAGACCAAUCAAAGAAAUUUUUAAUGAUGCUUCUUCAGAAGAAAUUCAAUUUUUUCGUUCCUUGGAUAUCAUAGUUGGAACCUCAACCAGCGAUGGCUCUGUGUUGAUAAGGAUGGAUCCAGCUAUUCAAAAACACUAUGGAUUCAAUAUCUCGAAUGAGGGUUUGUCUUAUAAUUUUUUAUGCAAUGUUUUCCUUCCCAAUAUAGUUGCUGAUCACUACAAUGGAAAUCCCGCAGUUUCCGAUGCCCUGUGCAAAAUGUAUGGCAAGCCAAAUGACCAGGCCGAGAACAGUCGCCAGGCUAUCAAAAUGUAUGGAGACAUUUUCUUUCUUUUCCCCGCUGUAGAAACUCUUACAGUUCAUGCAACAAAUAAUGAAAUAUCAAAAACUUACCAAUAUGUCUUUUCCGAGAGUAGCCUUCCUUUCUUUUUUGAGGCUGCUGUCUUACCGCCCUGGUUUGAAGGUGCAGGGCACGCAACAGACCUCAUAUAUCUUUUUUUCAUAGAAAUUAUGCAAUUACUUAAUCCAAACUUAAGAACUGAUUUCUCCGAUUAUGAAUUCGCAGCGAAAAUGAGGACCCAAUGGACAAAUUUUGCAAAAUAUGGAAACCCUAAUGGUCCAAAAUCUAACAGUGAAGAUUGGCCAACAUUUGAAGCAAAUGAGAGGAAGUUUCUACAGUUGAGCAAAAACAAUAUGACUGUUGGGAUGAAUUACAGAGGCGAUCAAGUCCAUUUCCUUUCAAAGACGGUCCCCGGUCUUAUUCAAUCCGCAAAUACAGCAGAGCGUAUGCGUGUUCACUUGAAUCAGAAUUCUUUUUUCCUAUUUUUGAUUGUAUCUGUACCUGGAUGUAUUUUAUAUAUGCGUGGCUAAUUAUACCCGCACUUUCUAAAGAAAGUUCGGGUAUGCAUCUGUACUUGGAUGUAUUUCAUACAUGUUUGGCUUAUUAUAUCCGCAUUUUCCAAAGAAAAUUCAGGUAUAUUGUUGUUAUCCUAGUCCGUCCGCCCGUCUGCUAUUUUUACUCCUUCCUCAAUACCUCUUUUAUUAAGCAGUAACUAAUUUAUCUUUUGUAAUAUAAUAUCUAGUGUCCUUUAGAAAUAAAAAGCAAGAAAAAACCAA